AUAUCUAUAUACAUAUCGAAUUCCUGGUAAGAAGAGGCAGAGCAGCGGGAGUGUAGUAGAUAUGUGGAGGAAAGGCUGGAAGAGGAAGGCCGAAGGAGACUCUGCUGGCAACGCUGAAGCUUCCCGCUCCAGGAAGUUCCCUAAGAGGGAUUCUGAAGACGGCGGGGGAGAGGAUGACAUCACCGUCUGUGAGAUUUCAAAGAAUCGGAAGGUUUCGGUGCGGCAGUGGCAGGGGAACGUCGUCGUUGACAUCAGAGAGUUCUAUGUGAAGGACGGCAAGGAAAUGCCUGGGAAGAAAGGUAUAUCACUGCCGAUGGAUCAGUGGAAAGUUCUGCUUGAACAUGUUGAGGAAAUCGACGAAGCAGUGAGGGAAAACUCGUAGCUUACAAGAUAUUGGGAGGACUUUAAAUUGGUGUUUUGGAGUUAAAAGCUUUAAUGAUGAGGAUCUUGGAAGGACUUCUGUAGGCAUGUUGAUCCUAUUUACCUUACUGCGACGUGUUAUUUUGAUAAUGUGAAGAACACUAAUGGUGUAACUAGUCUUAUAUAAACUUGGAAACAAUGGAAUGCUACUUUCUAUUUAGAAAGAGAACUGAUAUAUUUCAUUAGCAUAUUCCUGAUUAAAAA